CUGCUUCAAACGCGCAUGCGCAGUGGAGGCCUGGGUUCUGCGGUUUCUGCCAUCAUGGCGGCCUCCAGUCUUGGUGUGCAGCGUGCGUUCGGGAAAGGCAUAAUUCCUCCUUUGGUCGUGGUUUUAGGGGCUACCGGUACCGGGAAGUCCAAACUAGCGAUCGAGAUCGGAAAACGACUUCAAGGGGAAAUAAUAAGCGCCGAUUCAAUGCAGGUGUAUAAAGGACUGGACAUCAUCACUAAUAAAGUGACCACAGAGGAGCAGGCACAGUGUCCUCAUCACAUGAUAAGCUUUGUGGAUCCUUUGGUGAACAGCUACACAGUGGUGGACUUCAGGAACAAAGCCUUGUCUCUCAUUGAGGAUAUCCAUCAUCGGAAGAAACUCCCGAUCAUUGUUGGUGGCACAAACUACUACAUUGAAUCCAUUCUAUGGAAAGUUCUUGUUGAUUCUGGGGAUAAUGGGACAGAGAGAGUUCAAAGUGACUCAUCCAUUCCAAAAGCUGAGUUGGAGAAGCUAGGAGGUCCUGAACUUUACAAACGCCUGAUGGAUGUAGACCCCGAUAUGGCGGCCAUCUUGCAUCCCAAUGAUACACGUAAGAUUGCAAGGAGUCUUCAGGUUUACCAGGAGACAGGAGUCAAGCACAGUCAUCUGCUGGAGGAGCAGAGAAAGCAAGAUGGGGCAGAUGGUUUGGGAGGUCCUCUCCGUUUCACAAAUCCCUGCAUCUUUUGGCUCCACUCCAACAUGGAUGUGUUAGAUAAGCGGCUAGACAAGCGUGUGGAUGACAUGCUGUCUUUAGGGCUGAUUAAGGAACUAAACGAUUUUCACCAGCGCUUCAAUGAGAAGAAAAUCCAGGACAACAGCCAGGACUACCAACAUGGCAUCUUCCAGUCUAUUGGGUUUAAAGAGUUCCAUGAGUACCUCACUGCUGAAGAAGGCAUCAGCCAGGAGGAUCACGAGAAGCUGAAAAAUAAAGGUAUUGAGGCCCUGAAGCAGGCAACACGGCGCUACGCUCGAAAGCAGAACAAAUGGGUUCGCAACCGGUUCCUCAAAAGGCCAGGUACCAGUGUUCCACCUGUUUAUGGCCUAGAUGUGACAAAUUUGUCCCUUUGGGAACAAACGGUCCUCACUCCUGCCCUAGACAUUCUGGAUAGCCUGUGCAAGGGAGAGCAUCCAUCUUUUGAGCCAAUCAAAACUGAGGGGGAGGGACUACGGAACAAGCGGAGCCACCACACAUGUGAACUGUGUGAUAAAGUUAUCAUUGGCGACCUGGAGUGGACAGCUCAUCUGAAGUCUAAAAGUCACUUGCAUCAUGUCCGGAAGAAGCGGAGGGCAGAGGAGGCCUCAGAGCAUCAGCAUGAUGUUGGGGCUGAACACCCAUCCAUGGCAAAGUGUCAGAGACAGGCAGGUUCCUCUCUUCACUCACCAGGCUCUGAAUCAGGCGUGCUCGAAGCAGGAACACACAGGAACAGUGAUAAGCAAAGACGGAUAUCUGAGGAGUGGUAACCUGCAUGAAAAACUAAUUUUACACCUCGUGCCUUAAAGCGAUUCCUCAAGAGUGUGUUAUACCCAUGUGGAAAAGAGUGGCCUUGAAAUCUGCACAGAUUUUUUACAAAUGUUAUUUUCUAUGAUUGAACCACACCGUUGCAGUCAUGAUGUUGGAUUAAUACAAUAUCCACAUUGCUCAAAGUGAAGCCUCUACUAGACAAGUUCUAAUGGAAAUUAUUGUUGGAUGGAGAGAAAAAAACUGUCUGGGUCUAUACAGAAAUCUUCAUAUUUGUUUGUAUUGAGCCUUGGGUGUCAUUUAAUUUUGCACAAAUGCUUGGAACUGCUGUGAAGUUCAGUUUGACUAUAUAAUUCAUCCACAUACUGUAUAAGAAUCAUAUGAUAUUUAAUUAAUGCGAUUUUCUAUUUUAUUCCUAUUAUUUGCCUGUGUGUUAUUGUGUGUUUUUAUCUGUAUGCUUGGCUCUGGGUGUGUUGCUCUUGGAGACCUAUAUGCUUGCCAUCUCUCUAGGCAUGUUUGUGUUUCACAGGCUUGGAGUGGUAUGAAAGGUACUGUUUGGGGGGUCAGCUACAUUUCCUCUGAAAUGAUAAUGUGCUAAUUUAGAAAGGCUGGGGCAUAGUCGGGAGUAAAAGGUCAGUAGGUCCGGCUGAGUAAAAAUAAACGGCCCCUUUUAUCUUUACAUGGGUCUGUGGCAAAAGAGACUAGUGAUCUAUUCAUUCUAUAUCUUUUUAAAAGCUAUUUUUCUGUUGUAUCUUUUUGUGAUUAACAUAACUGGUUUGUACCGGUGAUUAAAACAUCAACAUUUAUUCAACAAA